AUGGAUACCGGCUGCUCGUUAAGGAAUCCUCAUCACACGGUUGUUUUGUCACGGCUUAUGCCUGGUAUCUAUAUUGGUACGAUUUCUGCCGGCAACGAUUCCGUUUACAUAGAGCCUGUUUUUUUUCACCAUGAAUCCACCAAUCAACGUAACGUGCUAGUAUUUCGUACGGGUAGCCUUGAUGGAACGGGUAUUUUUCGUAGUUUAAGUGAAUACGGUCUAUUAGCUCCAGUGCAGGAUUCUUCGACAAUUGCAAAUAUUGAAUCGGUAGUUCGGCGGCGACGGCAGGUGGUUCCUAGAGAAAACGAAGUUCGUAAUAGAUGUCCUCUGAAAAUCGUUGCC